AUGAGAUCGGUUGAGGCUAGACGUCUGGCGGCCUUCCUGGCUCUACCGUUCCUCUGCAACGGCUUCGCUGUCACGGUGGACCGAGAUACUACUGGCAAGAGCUUAGCCCAGACCAUUUUCAAUGGUCCUGGAUUGUCAUUGGUGAACUGGGACUUGCGCGCCCCAGCGGACUCCGUAGGGGCCUUUACCGAUGGUCCCUUUGGUAUCGGAAAUGGCGGUAUCCUAACUACAGGUCAGACAUCUGGAGCCAUGCCUGGAGGAGACGGCAAUGUGGAUAAUGGGGGUGACGGGGCGAUCGCAUUUUGCGGCGAUGGCAGUACGAAUGCUGCUAUUGUAUAUGCUGGGGUCAUUCCUGGUGCUGGGUACAAUGGGAUUCGCAUUGAGUUCGUCUUUGCUACUAAUGAGCCCGAUGGCGGAAACCCCGACAAUAUCGCUAUCUUCAACUUCGAGAAUGACCCUCCCCAAAUUGCAACGUUCAACGGUCAAGAAAUAAACUCGCAAUCAUCUAUCGCGAAGGACCCCAAUGCGAUAUUCCCGCCAGAUAGCCUCACAGGAUACUCGAGAUCAACGCCCCCUCUAGUGCUCACCGUACCAGUAGUUCCAGAGUUACAAGCCGACAUAUAUAUCGCAAUAUGUGACAAGGGUAACAGUGGAGAUGACUCUGCCCUCCUGAUCAAGGGCUAUGGUUGCACCGACUGCGCGUCGGCCCCCAACGGAGCAGAGAUCAACUAUGUCAAGCAGACUACGACGCUUGAAAGAGGAGAGAAGCCGUACACACAGACUAUCUCGGCCUCGGGCACAGAGUCAGGCACAUUCAUCUACUUUGUUGCCCCUGAGACAACAACAACCACAAUGGCCGCAGAGACAACUUCAGCAGACACGACUACCACUACCACUAUGGCUACAGAGACAACUGCAGAAGAGACGACUACCACUACCGCUAUUACUGAAGAUACUACUACUACCAGUGCCGCUGCCGAUGUGCCUACAGAUACAACUAGCAGUGGUGGAUCAACAACUACGAACGACGAGGCGAGUGUUGGAAGUACAACUGCCAUGAUCACUGAUCCCACAACCUCAACUAGACUUGGCACUACCACUGAGUUCGCCACGACCGAUGAGCCAACAAGCACUGUCGAGAGCACCAGUGAGCAAACAACAACUAAGCGCUCUCCCUGUCGACCCAGAAGACAUCUUCACUAG